CUCAAAGCACCAAAACAUUUAAAAGUGUCAUAAUAUGAAGAAAAUAGUUAUCCGGGUGCAUAUGAAGAGUGACAAAUUCAGAAGCAGAGCCAUGAAAAUUGCUGCAGCCUUUCAAGGUGUUGUUUCAGUAUCAUUAGAAGGAGAAAACAGAGAUCAAAUAGUAGUAACUGGAGAUCAAAUAGAUUGUGUUUGUUUGACUAAAAAGUUGAGAAAGAAAAUAUCUUAUGCAACACUUUUAAGUGUUGUAGAUGCAAAUACUUCUAGUGAAGAGGGUAGUGAAGCUAAAGAGGAACAAAAAGAUGCUGCAAACACUAGUUCAAUUGAAAAUUUACCAAUUGUUUGUUGUAAGCAAAACAAUCCUAUGCCUUGCCCCUCAUAUUACAUAGUUCAUGACCCAUACCCUAAUAGUUGCUCUAUACUUUGAAAAUAUAUUGCACUAUAUGUAAUCAACAUUUUAU